AUGAAGCGGCCCCGGGAGCCGAGCGGCUCCGACAGCGAGUCCGACGGACCCAUCGACGUGGGCCACGAGGGCGAGCUGAGCCAGAUGGCCCGGCCGCUGUCCACCCCCAGCCCUUCACAAAUGCAAGCCAGGAAGAAACGCAGAGGGAUCAUAGAGAAACGGCGCCGGGACCGCAUCAAUAGCAGCCUUUCUGAACUGCGGCGCUUGGUCCCCACUGCCUUUGAGAAGCAGGGCUCCUCCAAGCUGGAGAAAGCCGAGGUCCUGCAGAUGACGGUAGAUCACUUGAAAAUGCUCCACGCCACUGGCGGGACAGGAUUCUUUGAUGCUCGAGCCCUGGCAGUCGACUUCCGGAGCAUCGGUUUUCGGGAGUGCCUUACCGAGGUCGUCAGGUACCUGGGGGUCCUGGAAGGGCCCAGCAGCCGUGCAGACCCGGUGCGGAUUCGCCUUCUCUCCCACCUCAACAGCUAUGCAGCCGAGAUGGAACCUUCACCCACGCCCGCUGGGCCCCUGGCCUUUCCUGCCUGGCCCUGGUCCUUCUUCCAUAGCUGUCCAGGGCUAUCUGCCCCGAGUAACCAGCUCGCCAUCCUAGGAAGAGUGCCCGGCCCCAUCCUCCCCAGCACCUCCUCUCUGGCUUACCCCAUCCCGGCCUUCAGAACCACUCCCUUGCGCAGAGCCACUGGCACCCUCCUGCCAUCCCAGAGGAAUUUGCUGCCCAGUCGAGGGGCAUCUUCUACCCGGAGGGCCCGCCCCCCGGAGAGGCCAGCCGCACCCCUGCCCCCCAAUGGCAGGGCUGCCAGGAGCAGCCACAUGGCACCCCUCCUGCGAUCUUCUUCCCCCGCCCCUCCUGGCAUUGUGGGGUCUCCUGCUUAUGUGGCUGUUCCUGGGUCUUCCCAGGGGGCCGCUGGGAGGCCAGCGGGAGCUGUGCUCUGCCACUCCUGGGUCUCUGAAAUCACUGAAGUGGGGGCUUUCUGA